AGGGAGGCGAGAGCAAUCGUCUCCGAGGCAAAACGGCAAGAGGGAAGGGGAAGGUGGGCGAGCCCCGAGUACAUCGAGCCUGAGGAAGGAGUCGGGGUCGAGACGAAAUGGCUCUGCUCCACCUAGGCUUCCCCCGGGAGAACCUGAGGAGGCUGACGUCACUGGGGAGGCUGGUGAGCAUAUGGGGGGGGGAGGGAUAGGCCUGUGUGGAGCCCUUUUCCCUGGUACCUUCCCUCUGGGAGAAUCCCUGCCCCCAAUAUUAUCAUUUAUUUACUUGCUAAUGGCAUUUAUAGGCCACUUUUAACACCCCCCCCAGGAGCGGAAGGCGGUUUGCGUGGUUCUCCUCCUCGCCCCCAUCUCCUCCUCGCACAACAAGCCUGCGAGGUAGGCUAGGCGAAGGAGAGAUUAGUCAUUGUCCCGCAAGGUCGCCCCCAGCGAGCUUCACCGCCGAGUGGGGAUUCGAACCCUGGUCUUAAUAAUAAUAAUAAUAAAUAAUAAUAAUAAUAAUACAUUUAUACGCCGCUCAUCUGGCUAGGUUUCCGCAGCCACGCUGGGCGGCUCCCAACAAAACACUAAAAACACGAUAAAACAUCAGACAUUAAAAGCUUACCAAGAAACCAGAAGCAUUCCUCCUAGGAAUUCUAGAUCAAGAUUUAAAAAAAGAAAAUUGGAAAUUAUGUCUGCAACAACAGCGGCAAGAAUUAUAUUAGCACAAGCUUGGAAGACAGAAGAAAUAACAACAGCAACAACAACAACAACAACAACAACAAUAAUAGCAAUAAUAAUUUAUUAUUUCUACCCCGCCCAUCUGGCUGGGUUUCCCCAGCCACUCUGGGCGGCUUCCAACAAAACACUAAAAUACAAUGACCUAACUGAAAGCUUCCCUAAACAGGGCUGCCUUCAGCGAAAUACCAACAAAAGAACAAUGGCAAGGGAAACUUAUGGAAUAUGCAGAACUGGCAAAAUUAACAGAUAAAUUACAUGAAAAGGAUAACAAAGAUUUUAAAAGAGAAUGGGAAUCAUUUACAACAUAUAUGAAGAGACAUCAUAAAGAAUUGGACUCACUGGCAGGGUUUGAAUAAACAAAAACAAUUGUUUAUAACAAAAAGUAAGACUAUAUGUAUUGGGAAAAUUUUGGGAAACAACACGGAGGGUGAGUAAUAUGGAAAUAAAACAAAAUGGGAAUAUGAGGGAAGUCCAGGUGAGGGGGGGAAUAUGGAAAAUUGUUAGAGAAUAUUGUUAGAGGAUCUAUACAUGGAAAAACCAAUAAUUAUUAUUAUUUUUUAAAAAACUUCCUUAAACAGGGCUCCCUACAGAUGUCUUCUAAAAGUCAGAUAGUUGUUCAUUUCCUUGACAUCUGGUGGGAGGGCGUUGCACAAGGCGGACGCCACCACCAAGAAGGCCCUCUUCCAGGUUCCCUGUAAUCUCACUUUUCACAGUGAGUGGGUUGGACUAGAUGACCCGUGUGGUCCCUUCCAACCCAUGAUCUACAAAUUCCAGCUUCUGGAUAAAGCUUUUAUACCUCAUUAGUUGGAAAUAAGUGCACAAAUAUAGCAGGGGACAAAGCUGUGUUGUAACUUUUGAUUUAAAAAAUAAAUAAAUUAUUUGGAAAUGUGUUAUUUGGAAAUAAAAGUGCAAAUACUUUUUCCUAGACCUGUGAAAGCAAUCGGCACAAACAGUGGAGAGCAUCAAGCUCAUUGCCAGAGGAGCAGAAGGGACUUUUGCAAAAUGGACCUGAUUUGCAAGACUUUAUGUCUGGAGAACUUUCAGACAAAACAAAGUGGGCAGACUAUAAAGGCGAAUUAAAGCGUCAGAAAGGAGAAAGGUAUUUAAAACAACUUAAUUACCUCAUUAGAAUGAGUAGAACGAUGUGUUUACAAAAUAGGUCAGCUGUGUGGAAAGUCCGUUAAUUUCUCAGACUUACAAACAUUACCUGUUAAAGCAAAAUAAGCAUUGCUUUUGUAUUUUUUAGGCUGCGACUUCCUCCAUGGCUGAAAACAGAGAUUCCAAUUGGAAAAAUUAUAACAAAUUGAAGAAUUCGCUGAGAAAUUUAAAUCUCCACACGGUAAUUCUAAUGCCUGUAUUGUAGCAGAUGAUUUACUGUGUUGUUCAGUGUUGUUUUUGCAAUUAAAGUUCCCAUCAUAGGCACACUUACUUAAAAGUAAAUUCCUUUGCAGUGGACUUGCUUCCAUAGGUUUAGAGCCCAUCUGUUGUGUUUAGAAGACUUUUGUUUCCAGUGAUGAGGCCUCACUCACUUACAAUAGCAGCUUGCACUGGAGUAGUCAUUAUGGUAUCACAUUGUUUUCUUUGUCAUGGAAACCCUCCCUGAACAGUUUGAGAGCAGACCAGGGUUGUACCUGUUAGGAUAUUUCCGUUCCACCUUAAAAGGGAGCAGGAUGUUUGUGUCACAGCCUGCGUAUUUCCUGUUCACAGGAUGUUUCUGUUGUGUCUAUGCUUUCGUUUCUCUCUCUGUGUCUGAGACACUGAAGCUGGCAGUCAUGUUUUCUUUAUUCUGACCAACGCUGAAUAAACUUGUAAAUAUGCUCUCCUGCGUGCAUCUUUCGCUGUGCAUUAUCUGCUGAUAGAGCGUGCAUCAGUUCUGGAAUGUGGCAGGCUAUUUCUGGAGCUCGUGUCGCUAAUUGCUGAUACUGUAUCUACGGGAGAUCGAUGGACGUCCGGAGGCGACGUGGGGUCAUGAUGGACUUUGUCUCCCUGGCAGUAUCCCAACAGUACCAACAUGCAUGCCAGAUGGACUGAAAAAAACACCCUCGUUGGGUACUGCCAUGUGAAAUAAUUUUCAUUAUAACAGUAGUACAGUGGUACCUCUGGUUACGUACUUAAUUGGUUCUGGAGGUCCGUUCUUAACCUGAAACUGUUCUUAACCUGAAGCACCACUUUAGCUAAUGGGGCCUCCCGCAGCCGCCGCACGAUUUCUGUUCUCAUCCUGAAGCAAAGUUCUUAACUAGAGGUACUAUUUCUGGGUUAGCGGAGUUUGUAACCUGAAGUGUAUGUAACCCGAGGUACCACUGUAUUUACCUCAUCAUUAGCUAUACAGUGGUGAGACUCCUUGUAGCCAAUGCAAUUUAUGCCCUUCUUACAGUGUUAAUAACUCUUUCGUUGCCUGUAGGUGUGUGAGGAAGCGCGUUGUCCAAACAUCGGAGAGUGCUGGGGAGGGGGCAAAUAUGCUACUGCUACAGCGACUAUAAUGGUAAGCUGACCACUGACAACUGGUGGUCUUAUCGGGAACAGCACAUCCAAAUUGUCCCAUAUUUGUUUUGUGUAUUACUCAGAGUUAUUAGCAGAGAAUAAAGGGAAUAGAGUGAGAGGGACUGCGUGUCUUUGCUUUUGUCAUUCUAGAAAGCAGUCGUGCAACCAGGGCUCUAAGGGUGCCUUGUACAUUAUCUAGAAAAUGAUGAUGAUGAUGAUUUUAUUUCUGUGCCACUCAUCUGACUGGGUUGCUCCAACAGAGUCUCAUUUCAUGGUAUUCCAGCAAGCAGACCACACGGAGAGGUGCAUAUAGCAUGGCUGCACCCCAUAAUAUGUGGUCCCAGGGUGGUGUGGUGCUGACAUGGGGAGUAACCAGUUUACCUAUGACAUGAUCUUUCUAUUUAAAUCAGUUACUGGAACUCUGUGCAAUUAUUUGACUGCUGCAACCCUUCUGCUGUCUUAAUAUAAGAACUGGCUGCAAGGAACAUUUCACACUAAAUGUCAUUCAGUGUUGCCCAUCUAGGGGACAAGAUGAGGAUUCUUAAAAAUGUAGGUGAUUUUAUUUCCUCUCCCUGCCUGCCCUUAUUGGUGUCAAGCUAUUAAUAUGAAAACAGGGGGAAUUUCCUGCUGUUUUCGUCUGUGCUCAGAGAGCAGAUAAAACUAAACCAUAGCUAAAACAAUGAGUUACUCCUCCCCUUUCUCCUCCGUUGAGGAGGAAACAAACCAGAGGCUGGCUUGCAGUUACAAGAAAACCUUUAUGUACCAUCAUUGUUUGUUGGGGGGGGGGACAGAAUUAUGCAUGUAAAGACUAUGGACUAUAUAAUAAUUUCUCAUCUGCUGGCUUAGCUGUUGAGAUUCUUUUAAUAUUCGUUAUAGAAGGUUCUUGAAUUAUUAUUUUUUUAACCAAUUGUUUCCUGUUUCAGCUGAUGGGGGACACUUGUACAAGAGGCUGUCUCUUUUGCUCAGUGAAGACAGCAAGAAGUCCCCCUCCAUUAGAUCCCGAAGAGCCAUAUAACACAGCGAAAGCAAUUGCUGAAUGGGGGCUGGAUUAUGUUGUAUUGACCUCUGUGGACAGAGAUGGUAAAUAACUUUCUAAUUUUGAGUCCUUUUGAAAAUACAGUUACGCUGAUUCCAACCAAGGAAGAAUGGCAAACCAAGUUGAUGGACUAUGCUAAAAUGGCAAAAUUAACUGGGAAGCUCAGAAACCAAGAGGACUUCAAAAAAGAAUGGGGAAAAUGUAUAAUAUAUUUAGGAGACCAUUGUAAGCAGAUGAAAACAUUAGCAGGAUUUUAACCACACUUGUAAAGUAACAAAAAUAUGGACAAUUUAGAUGGAUAAAAAAUGUGGAUAACAAAUUGAUAUGCAGUUGUAAACACUGUCAUUAGGACCCAUGGAGGGGAUGGGGGUGUGUCAUGAGAUUCAGAGUAAUCUCUUUAUAUGGGUUUUUAAUUGCUUUUGUUAUAUGUUUCUAUCUUCUUAAGGUCAAAUAAAAAGUAUUUACAAAAAAAGACUCUUCCCCAAAAGCAAAUACAGUUAUGCUGUAUGCAGAAAUCUCAUCUAAGGUAUUUGUAAGCUGUGCAGAUCGCUGUUCUCUAUUUCAAUAGUUAAUAUUUGCAGGCAUUAAAUUUACACAAAUGCAUCCUCGACACCACUAUAGCUAUGUAAAAGUAGGUAUUUGUUCUUCCUGUAAAAUAACUGCCGUGUUCUAUUAUUAGAUGUUUCAGAUGGGGGAGCAGCGCACUUUGCAAAGACCGUAUCGCACUUAAAAGAAAGGUAAGGAGUGAAUAUAGAAAAAUUAAAUGGAUUGCUUUUGGGGCAAGGUUAAUGCAGCUUUCAACUGACCACGCUGCACUUUUGUUUUGUUUUUUUCCAACCCCCGUUUCUCAGGAAUCCCAAAAUUCUCGUGGAAUGUUUAACUCCUGAUUUCAGAGGGGACCUGAAAGCUGUGGAGACGGUUGCUCUGUCAGGGCUCGAUGUCUAUGCUCACAAUGUGGAAACAGUUCCAGAAUUGCAGAGGUGAUGAAAGGUGAUAUAUACUGAUAGAGUAAAAUAAGGUUUGUGAGAGCAGACUAUUUCAAUUUAAGAGAUAGUUCCAUGAAGGAGGGACUGGCAGUCUGCCUGCAUUAGUGCUAAGCCAUUUUCUGCUUGUUGAAGACUAAGUAGUGAAUCUGCUUUUAUGUUCUGUUCACAGUGGGGUCCCACAGAAUGGUGCAUGCCCAGAAGACUUAUUCUGCAUUCUUAGUGUCACUGCAGCUGUACUUUGUUGUUUAGAUAUGUUUAAGAACCUCUUUUUGCUUUGUAUAACCACAGUUCUCAGAUUUUAUCAGAAUGAGCCUCUCUAUACUCUAGCUAUUUACUGGUCAUAAUAAAUGUAUGCUUUGCCGUCAAAUGAAAGCAAACUGCAGUGGUAGUGAUUAACCGCGGGGUGCUUCACCCCAAACUGACAUUCCGUGUUUUACAUAUUCCAUCAAGGAUUGAUCCCUGGAAGUUACUUUUAGGACCGCCAGCACAAUGAAUGCCUUUUGUAAAAGCCAAAUAUUUAAGUGGCUUGAGAAUUGUCUCCUAGAUUCCUGUUUUGCUGUUCAUAGGCUUGUCAUAAAUCCGAUCACAUGUACUAGUCAUUCAUACCAAGACAUCUGUCUGCUUAUGCAGGUGAAAAAAAUAACUUGCAAUAGUUGCCCCAUUUCGAUUAAAUGGGGAUAUCACCCAUCAUAGAGAGUGUUGUUCUCUCUGUCGUUCUUUUGAAUAUUUUUCUCAGAGCAAGGGUGAUGUCGUUCAGCCUGAUACACAUUGAAGGUAAUGUUAUAAAGACAGAAGAAAAAAUGUGUGUACACACACACACACACACACACAACCUUUGGAAGCAGUUAUGAAAGGUAGAUUCUGGAACUAUGACAAUACAGUAUCUGACCAUCUUUCAUUCCUUGAUAAGGUUAGUUUUUGUUGUUGUUGUGAUGGGCAUUGGCAAAUUCCUGUUACCCUUUCAAUCCAGUUACUCUGAACGAGUUUUCAGUUCAAUGUUUGAGAAGGUAUUCUUGAUCUGUGUAUUCUUACUUAGUUUGACUCAUCUGAUCCAGUGGGUUCUGCAGAAGGUUUUUCCAGAGGUGUGACAAGAUCCAUUCUUGUUAUGCUAAAUUAUUCUUUAUUAUUUCUUUUCUUAAAGAAAAGUUCGGGAUCCUCGAGCUAACUUCGACCAGUCCCUCAGUGUUUUGAAGCAUGCUAAGAAAGUUCAGCCUGAUGUAAUUUCCAAAACAUCCAUCAUGCUUGGUCUUGGUGAAACAGAUGAACAAAUAUACAACACAUUGAAAUGUAAGUCAGGAUUUUGUGUGGAUAGAGGCCAUGAUUCACAGAUUCAAGGAAAAAGAAAGUGCACCCUCUUUGAAUUCUGUAGUUUUACAUACGAAGACAUAAUAACAAUCACCUGUUACUUAAAGGUAAAGGUAAAGGGACCCCUGACCAUUAGGUCCAGUCGUGGCUGACUUUGGGGUUGUGGUGCUCAUCUCGCUUUAUUAGCCAAGGGAGCCGGCGUACAGCUUCCGGGUCAUGUGGCCAGCAUGACUAAGCUGCUUCUGGCGAACCAGAGCAGCGCACAGAAACACCGUUUACCUUUCAGCCAGAGCGGUACCUAUUUAUCUACUUGCACUUUGACGUGCUUUCGAACUGCUAGGUUGGCAGGAGCAGGGACCAAGCAACAGGAGCUCACCCCGUCGCGGGGAUUCGAACUGCCGACCUUCUGAUCGGCAAGUCCUAGGCUCUGUGGUUUAACCCACAGAGCCACCCGCGUCCCUUCACCUGUUCCUUAGCAGGUCUUAAAAUUAGGUAAAUACAACCUCAGAUGAAGAACACAUGACAUAUUACAUAGAAAUAAAACCAAAAUGGAAAAGUCAUGUGUGAAAAACUAAAUACACCUUAUGAUUCAAUAACAUGAAGUAAUUGUUUUCUGUAGGACUUUAUCCACCUCUCUCAUUGUUGUGGAGGAAUUUUGGUCCCCUCUUCUUUACAAUGUUGCUUCAGUUCAUUGAGGUUUGCUGGCAUUUGUUUAUAAACAGCUCUCUUAAGGUCCCGCGUAGCGUUUCAAUUGGAUUGAGGACUGGAUUUUGACUGGGCCAUUGCACAAAGAGGGUGCACUUUCUUUUUCCCAUGACUGUAAGCUGCGUAGGGACCAUAGCUGAGUUUUGGAGCAUGUUAUUCUAAUAGCCAUAUGCUAACCUGUCCAUGCACAAUUUCUGAGGCUCACUCCUUAAAGCAAACUCAUUCCUGCAUAUUGAGUUCAGAUAUGGGGCAAGCUGAUUGGAGAUUGAAAAGAGUUUUCAUUUUGGGUCUCUUUCUUAACUUUUGAUAUGGUUUUUUUUCUUCCUCAUUUAGGAAACCUGGCAGUUUCAACAAACAUACUUUAUCUGCUCUCUUAAAUGUGCUGCUUAAAACCAGGCACCACUGAGGUUUGGAAGAAUAAACAAUGCUAUAUUUCUGUCAUUCACUAGAUAUAUGUUUAAUUUUUAUAGUAUUACGUGAGGCUGACGUAGACUGUUUGACCUUGGGACAAUACAUGCAACCCACAAAGCGCCAUUUAAAGGUAAAAUUGUACUGGAAGUUUAUUGUUUGAAAAUAUAUCACAUUUUCUGGAUUGAAGGCUGAAAGUGACUUGGGAUAUGCCUUCUGGGAUGGGAAUCUUAAGGUGAGGCAAUUAUGCCAGCCUCAGUUUCUUUUGGAACACAGAUCCGUGUACAAUUUAGUUGUGGAUGUUGUAGUCUGUGCUUGUUAAGGUUAGGGAUAUAUGCAUUUUGAAAAUGACUGGAUCAUGAUGAAAAUGUAUUCUUCUAUCCAGGUCGAAGAAUAUAUUACUCCUGAGAAAUUUAAACAUUGGGAAAACGUAGGAAAUGAUCUUGGGUUUCAUUACACUGCGAGUGGGCCUCUUGUGCGUUCCUCCUACAAAGCAGGUGAGAUACAUAGUUUGCUAGAUGAGCUGAACUAUAUAAAUUUAUGCAAACUUCCGUUUAAACUUGCCCCCUUAUUGGCAAGUGCAAUACACCUUUAGCUUUAUAUGUACAGGCAUUGGGUUUUAUUCAGUGUAACACUAAGCAAAAUGUUCUCUGAGUGCAGGACAAGGAUUUCUCCUUGCACAACAGAACAUUCUCUCCCUCUAGGUCUCCCUCUCCUCGUCCCUUAAAUCUUUUCCGGGGUUCUCCCAACCCUCUGGAACAGAUUUGGGGAUGGAAUAGAAUUGUAUGUGGAGCACUGGGGUGGAAUCCACUUGCACUAGCACUAAUGCUUAACAUUAGUGCAACUGAAUAUGGCCCAUCAUGUUACUUUUGAAGAGUAGCUGGACAGGCAUGAUUUAUAGAAAAUGUUAUUUGUUCCAUGAUAGUCAGAUAAUCUGCCUAGGCAUUUUGUUUCAUGUGUUGCGAGUUGCCUGGGGUGCAGUCCACCACUUUCUUCAUUUUGUACCAUGUUCCUUCAUGCCAGUGGAGAAAUGGCAAUAGGAUAGAGGCAAGAUACAAUAGAUUGUGGCCGUAGCUAAAAUUCAGAUAUACAUUGGUGAGUAACUUGCAGCUUUUGUUGUGACAUGCAAACUCUUAAGUACGGUUCCCUUUAAACUAAUACCUGUAUUCAAUGGGACUUGCUUCUGACACUGAUUAUAGCCUUAGUGUGUUAUACAACUUAGAUGGGAAAUAUUACUUACGAAGUUUGAAAUACAGAUCUUCAUAGUUGUAAUCUUUUAGGUGGCAAAAGCAGUAGAGCAAGUAGUUCAUAUGCAGUGUGAACUACAGUGAUCUAAUUUAGUUUUAUUUUAAAGUUGUACAUACUGCAUUCAACAUGGGAGUAUGUCUGCUGGUGUGAAUUAAACAAACAUACUUGCUGCAGAAAGCAUGACAAAAACUAAAAAUGGCUAAAGGCCAGAAUUUUAAAAAUUUAUUUGCUUCCUGGCUCAUCUAUGAUUUACAGAAGUGUCAGUUCAAGGUCUGAUUUUUUUAUCAUUUGCUUUUUGGCUGUACCAUGAUUUACAGAAGCACCCAAUAAUGUGCAGCUCAUAGAUCUUGUGCUGCUCCUGAGAUUUAUCUAUCUCUUCAGUUACAUAUAAUGUUCAGUGCGAAAUCUGCGAGUGACAAAUGCCGAGAAGCCAUGCCUGACAACUAUAACCCACACAAGGAUUGUGCUAUUCCUUAUACUUUUUACAGCCAUCCAAAAUAGUCUAGCGGUCUUUGGGUAGCACAGCAACUGAAUACCUCCCUCCCAUCAACAGCACAGUUGCCACGAUGCUAGCAUUUCCCUACAUUUGCUUGUUCAGUGUUAAAAUUUCAGGGAAACCACCAUUUGCAAGUUUUCCAGGAUUGCUCUUUCCCGAUCCAAAAGCGGCUCCUUUGCCAAGAGGAAAUAUUCAUUAAAUGCAGCAAUCCUAUUACAUUGACAUUGGUAUGACUUACCUUUGAUUAAAUAUCAUCAGAAGGUUUAGAAAGCCUCGUUUUUUUUCCUGCUGCCUAACAUUCCAAGUCUUUCUCAUUUAAAACCUUUUAAGAACCGAGAUGAUUUAUGCUGGGGGAAAUAGUUUGCUUAUGUGACUUGCCCCGUUUGACACAGGGUUAAUUCCUGCAGCGCUAAGAGAGUAAUAGGCAGCAAGGAUUCUUUUCAGCUGCCUUCUGUAGAUGCUACUGCUCAUUUCUUUCCUACAACACAGGCUAAAGAAUACAGUCACAAGAUGCUUGCUACUCUGUUAAAAUAGAUGCAUGUUUUCUUUUUGUCUGUGCAGGUGAAUUUUUCUUGAAGAAUUUGGUACAGAAGAGGAAGAAGAAAGACAUCUGAAAUGUAAAAAGUUCAUGGGCAACUCUAAUGGAUUCCAGAUGGCAGCAUCACAAAUAAAGGAAGAACAUUCAAGAUGCUUUUGUUUAUUGCCAUUGCCCCUGCAAGCAUUUAAACUUAGCCAUGAAUGAUUCAGGUUGUUUCUGAACUGCUAUCUUCUACUGUAGUUUAAAAAAUGUUAAUAUGUAUUAUAUGGCUUACAGUGCAAUCCUAUACAUAUACAUUCAAAAUUAAGUUCUAAGGGAUUUGUUGGUUUCUUUCUAAGUAAGUGGUACAGAUCUACCUUAGCAAACCUCUGCUUUCUAACAUAUGAAGGAAUAACUGCACCAUGAGAUAUACCCAUUGGGAAAAUUAAGAGUUAGAUGCAUAUUUUAAAUAUCUUGCAGAUAAUACCAGUAAUAAACAGCUGAACACAGUGUGCAGCAUUUCUUCAAACUUUGUAUGCACCCAUAUUUACACUCUUGUCAUUUCAUUUUUUUAAAAAAAAAUCCUACAAGCCAAUGUGCAAACAUUAUGAGGCACAGUCAAAAUCGUCAAUAUUGAUUAUUGAGAGAGUACAUCCUUUACCAUCAAACAGAGAUAUGGUUAAAUCUGGCUGGAUUUUACCAUGCAUCGAUAGCAUCCCUUAGUGUUUUACUAUUUAAACAUUGUUUUCUGAAAAGUUUGAUCUCAUCAGCAGGUGUGCUAGCGAACAUUAGGGAUAGCAGUGUAGCAUGGGCUUGUGAUAGCAUUAUCAGCAAUAGGUUGCAAUUCCAAGAUGUGGAUAUGAACCGUACACAGCAUUUAUGGGAGCUUUUACACAGCAGCACUUGUUGAAGAGGCAACGCACUAUGAAACUUUCCACAAAAGAGCUCUUGCUCAAAGAGCAAACUCAUUUUAAAUGGAACUAUUCAAAUGCUGCACACAUACACGAGUGUUUCUUUAUGAUGUCCCCAUCACUCUGCGCGCACACAAAUUGUAUGAGCCGCUGAGUGCAAAGGCAAAGGACCUCCACUGGAUGUACAAAAGAAAACUCAGAAAAUUUGGCUUGGUUUCUCUAAUUAGUUGAGACUGACAUAAGGUAUAUUUAAUCAAUUUCAAGAAAAGGGAAUAGAUCUUUAUGGAAAUUGAAAUUAUCCCUUACGGAGGAGGAAAAUUUGAUCUUAGUAUUUUGUCCAAACAUAAACUGUUAGAAAUUAAGCACUGCACAGCUGGGGCUAAAACCCAAGAAUUGCUAUUGAUCUAAGGAGGUGUUUUAUCAAUUCCAAGGGGAGAGGGCCUUUUUUCUAACCCCAUCAAGUAUUUUUAAAAAAAAAUGUGGCAUAUUUAUAUACUUCACACUUCCAUUUUGCAGUACGAAUCCCUGAAAUUUCUGUGUAUUAAUUUAGGGUUGGAAUGAUGGAUUUUUACUUUUUUAAUGAAACAACUGUACCGUUAUAAGGUGUAGUGAAGGUCUGUUCAUUGUGGGGUGGGACUGCAGAAACCCUUCAAAAGAUUUGCAACAGCAUAGUGUCAUUUGAAGGUUAUGCCGCAUUGAUAAUAUUUAGCAUCCUCAAUACUUUUUAGGGCUGGGAGGAAUACCAUGGUUUUCGUUAUGUAUCUCACGCUGGGAAUGUCCCCCCUGCCUCAAAGGUAUUUAAUAGAACCAACUCAAUACUGGAAAAAGCUAAGCAUCACAGUAGACUGUUACCAAUGAGUAGACAAAGAUUUAUUUUUUGUAAUCACAGUGAGGUAGUAAGCAGAUUAUAAUAUAUGACAUAAGGUUCUGUUCUGCUGGAACUCUGUGAACUUUUUGUUCUGGCAAUAUUCUUGAGCGUUAAGUCAAGUGUUGAAACAGCAGUGGGAAACCACUGUGUUUCACGGCAGUCAUGAAUGAUAUGCGGUUGCUUUAUGAGUGAUGUCCCUUCCAGAAAUUGGACUUAAUGCAAAAAAAUAUGUUAAUGGAAAUGGUUUGGGAGACUGUAUUGCUAGAAAGGCAGUUCUAGGGAGCAGUGCUUGCAGUUGAUCAAAAGAAAGUGGAAGGAUUGUGAGUUUUUGCUAUGCUUCCACUCCCAAUAAAUGUAGGAAGCCCAAAAAACAAUUAAAAACAGGUGGCCGUUGUAUGACUUUUGGCAAGUUGAAUAGUGGUGGUGCAGAUUAAAGAGCCACUAACAAUGCACUGAUUGGAAUUCCGCUUCCUAGCUCAAUGCCCUGGUAAUGGGGAAAGGAGGAAUCCGCCUGUUUUUACCAACAUGCAGAGCUUUCACUUUAAGAACCCUUGCUCUAGUAAAAUUAAAUCUAUGAUCUAGAGAGAACUGGACCAGGUGUGAUCUUCUAGUAAAGACAGUAUUUGCUGUAGUAGGGAUUUGACUUCAGAGCCACUGCAGAAACUUGGAAAAACCACUUUUAUUUCUGGAUGAAAUCAAAAGUUGUUGAAACCAAAUAGAAGCAGCUUUUGGCUACAAUAGGAAGUGAAAACUUCAUUAUUCUCUCACUUUGAGCGGAGGCUGUAAAAGCUACUAGCCCAUGCUUGUGUACCUAAGAGAAUAAAGCACAGACUCCAUGUUAUAAAAAGCUUAUCUUCCUGCUUGCCUUGGGAGGAUUUUUAAUGACUUCUGAUGAUCAGGUUUGUGGCCUGUUGCAGUCAUGCUGUAAUGGUAGAACAGUUUGCAAAAUAUAGAGCACAUAUCCAGACCAUUCCUCUUUAACAGGGCUCUCAGGUUUGUAAAGUUAUAUUGCAUAUGAUUCAUAUACUGCUUAGUACCGUAUUUUCAGCCAGUUCUACACUUCUAUAGAGGCAUGUUAUUUUAUAGACAAGAACCUGCUGCUGAAAGGAUAGGGUAGGAAUGAGGCAGCUUGUCCCAGGCAGCAAGUCUCAGGAUAACAAAUAAUCAAUCAUUGAUUUUAUUAUAACGUUACCACAAGGAAUGUAUUGACCUCAGGCUGCUUUCUGAUCCCAAAAACCCAUCUCUGCAGCCAUCCCAACACCAAAAUAGGAAGAUGUGGUGUUUCAUAGGAGCAACAGACCUUCCAUUGAGCCCCGUGGUUCACAUAUUAUGGUAAAAAGAAAAGCUAUCCUUGAGCAAGCUGCCCACACCUGCCUAGAGUCAAAUUAAAAUGAACAAUGUUGCGUGGCAUUGUACAGAUUAGCGUAUCAAACAAGAUGGGAAAAUCCCUUUUUCUUUUGGACCGCAACAUACAUCAUAAAAAUUUAAAGUGCAGUUUGUAAACCUCACAGAGUAGGAAGUCUUGGAAGGUUGAAUCUGAGUUUUUAUAUAUAAAAAUUACUAAAAUCAUCUAUGACUGUACAGUUUUUCACUUCAAUGACAAAAGUUCCAGUAUUAUAAAAAUAGAGAUUAUA